UAGACCCUAGCUACCCCUCCAAGACUGAGUUUCAACCCUAUAAUUGCAAACAAGGUCUGGCAUCACAUAAAAACGAACCCGACUGCCAUUUACUCAAUUUUGCCCCUAUAAGUUCAUCUGGUCAAUUGUAGUAAACCAAAGGAGAGAAUGAAGAUAGUUGUCGCUGACAAACCCCCAUAAUCUAGCUUCCCAAGGCAACUGUUGCGGGGCAUAUCAGUCAUCUAUCUAUCUCUUCCGAAAACCCACGCAAUUCACCAUAUCUUACAUUGCAACAACCAGGCAUUCAUCCCAGUACAACCAGACCGGUAGCUAGCCUCUGUCAACAAAAUGGAUUUCAACAGCGAUUCUCCUUUUCCUGAGGGAGUCAUAUCCUUUUUGGACACGGAUUUGUAUAAACUCACUAUGCAAUCUGCGGUCCUCAAAUACUACAGCAACACUUCUGUCACAUAUUCUUUCACAAACCGGACACCGGACAAAAGGUUGUCGAGAAAGGCUUACCAGUGGUUGCAGGAUCAGAUCAGGAAACUGGGCAAUAUUUCACUCUCAGAUGAGGAGUACCGCUUCUUGAAAGAAAACUGCUCAUACCUCGGUACUCAACACCUGGAGUUCCUUAAAAACUUCCGGUUGAACCCUAGGGAUCAAGUCGUUGUGAGCUUUGCACCAGUUGGCAAGGACGAGGGCACCGAUUCAGACGUGGGGGAUAUCGACAUCAUGAUCAAGGGCAAAUGGGUAGACACCAUACUUUAUGAGAUCCCCAUUCUCGCUCUUACUUCCGAGGCCUACUUCCGUUUCAUGGAUACCGACUGGGAUUACCAGGGCCAGGAAGAGCUCGCCUACGAAAAGGGUAAACGCAUCCUUGAGGGCGGCUGCAUAUUGUCAGAAUUCGGUACCAGGCGUCGCAGGGACUACCACACUCAAGCCCUGGUAUUCCGCGGGCUGGUUAAGGCAAGCAAGGAGGCUCAGGAGCGAGGUCUAGCCGGCAAGCUCUCCGGCACGAGCAAUGUGCACCUGGCGAUGCGCUUCAACAUGGCCCCCGUGGGCACGGUCGCGCACGAGUGGUUCAUGGGCAUUGCUGCCAUUACUGGCGACUACCGCACCGCAUCUGAGGAGGCGCUGGCCCGGUGGGUCGGCGCCUUUGGCCCCGGCGUGCUUGGCAUCGCGCUGACCGACACCUUUGGCACCCCGGAGUUUCUCAAGUCUUUCAGCCGACCGGUGCGAUGGCUUGAGGAGGAGCACUCGGCGGCGGCGGGUGACGAGUCAAAGACGUACGCUCAGGUGUUUGCGGGAGUGAGGCAGGACUCGGGUGACCCAGAGACGUUCGUCAAGCGGAUGCGCGAAUUCUACGACCAACAAGGGAUCAAGGAAAAGAAGACCAUUGUCUUUUCGGAUUCGCUCGAUAUAGACCGGUGCCUGCAGUACAAACAGGUGUCAGAGGCUGCGGGCUUCCAGCCCACUUUUGGAGUGGGAACCUUCUUGACCAACGACUUUGUUAGCAAGUCGACCGGGAAGAAGUCGACCCCGCUAAACAUUGUCAUCAAACUGAGCUCUGCGGAUGGCAAGCCUGCGGUGAAGCUGAGCGACAACAUCGGAAAGAACACGGGCGAUGCAGACACCGUCGAGAAGGUCAAGCGUGAAAUUGGGUACGAGGAGAAGGACUGGGAAGGUGGUGACGAGACCUCGAGGUGGGGAAAGGAGAAGGAGUCAAAAACCACCCUCCCCGAGAUCCCGGAAAGCCCGCCUGGGCGCUCAGGGCCUAUGAAUUCUCAGCGGCCCCACGGCGGCGGUGCCUUUGACCGCGAGCGCGAUCCCCGAGAACGUGACCUCGACGAGCACAGACACCGUCCACUUACACAAGAGGAAGCCGCCAAUCGUGACCGUGAGCGAGACAUCGACCGUGAACGCGAGCGGGAACACGCAGACCGGCAGCAGGCACGCGAGCCAUACCCGCCCGGAGCACCUCUUCACAGCACCGCCGGCUCCAUACCAAUUCACCAGCCCGUCGCCUCACGAAUAGCGGGUGUCAUACACAGUCCUGGCGGUCUCUUGGGUGCCCACAACGGCGCAUCAGGCGGCCUGCCCUUGGGAGCACCCACGACGCAGUUAGCUGGUUUCGGCGGGCCGAUCCACAGCGAUCCCGCCAGGCAGAUGCCGCCCCAACCCCCGAACCAGAACAGCACGGGUGGCCAGCAGCACCAGAUGUUUGCGCCGAUCCCUCAGCAAGCGGGAGGUCCCAACGGCUCCUUAGGACCUGGGGGUAGCCCUGGAUCCGUCUUUGGCGGCCCACUACAGCCAGAAAAUGGUCGGGCACCUGGCCAACAGGCCCCUCCGCCCGCUGUCGUGCCUCCAGCACAAACAAGCUCCGCUGCUGGGCUCUCGCAGCAGGGUUCACAGCCUAUUUUGAAUGAUGCGCUCAGCUACCUCGAUCAAGUCAAGGCUCAGUUUCAUGAACAACCCGAUGUUUAUAACCGAUUCCUCGAUAUCAUGAAAGAUUUCAAGAGUCAGACUAUCGAUACUCCUGGAGUGAUCAACCGAGUUUCCGAUCUUUUUGCUGGACAUCCGAACCUCAUACAAGGUUUCAACACGUUCUUGCCGCCCGGCUACCGGAUUGAGUGCGGGCUGGACAAUAACCCCAACAGCAUAAGGGUCACUACACCGUCAGGUUCUACCGUCCACUCCAUCGGGGCCGGAAGAGGCGCACUGCCACCCGUAGACGGAUCUGCACCUCCUGGCCAGAAUGCCCAGUAUCUCGGCCCCAACACUCGGCCAGGGAACUGGCAGCAGUCAGUACAACAUAGUAUUGAAAGUCCUGAAGCCCAGUUCAGUGCGCCCGCGCAACCGGGGCCUGGUCCAUUUGGUCCUGGCGGUGCUCCAGGCGGCCAGUUCGAUGGUCACAGCCCUGCUCAUCAACAGCGUGUCGUGAGUUCAGGACAGCAACCUGGAGGUCCUAGCUCGGGUCUUGUGGCAGGUCCUGGUUCAGCGCUUCCUGGCCCUAUGGCCAGAAAUGCACAAACCCCGACGCCAGGUGCGCCGCCGGCUUCGUUGAAUGGAAGUGCUUCGCAACAAGGGGGUCAGAGGGGACCAGUCGAGUUCAACCAUGCCAUCAGUUACGUCAAUAAGAUCAAGAACCGAUUCCAGGACAAGCCCGAAAUCUACAAACAAUUUCUUGAGAUACUGCAGACGUACCAGCGGGAGCAGAAGCCGAUUCAGGAGGUGUAUGCUCAGGUCACCACCUUGUUCCAUACAGCCCCAGAUCUCCUAGAGGACUUCAAACAAUUUCUCCCCGAGUCCGCGGCCCAGACUCGCACGUUUGGUCAACGACCUGCCGAGGACGGCGGGCUUCUGAAUCACAUCAACCAGAUGCCACAAGCUACCAACCCCGCUCGGGAAGGUCCCAAAAUGCCACCUGUUGGUAAUUUUGCCGUUCCGGUCAGUGCCAGCAAGGACAACAAGAAGCGACCGCGUAUAGAAAAGCCAGCUGUUGCAACACCCCAGGCGCAACAGUCGCCAGCUGUUGGAUCUGCGUCUAUCAAUAGUGCAAACAAACGGGCAAAGACCACACACAAGCCUUCGGCCGAUGGUCCUUCUAUUGAGCCGUCGUUGACGCCGAUCGUGCCCGAACCAAUGAGCCCGUCUGGAUCGACAAGCGUCUCCCAGGAGAAGGCGCUUAACUACCUCGAGCGUAUCAAGAAGCACAUUGGCAACAGGACAACUCUGCACGAAUUUUUCAAACUCAUCAACCUUUACACGCAGGGCCUGAUUGAUAAGAACGUUCUCGUCCAAAAGGCCCAGAUGAUAAUAGGCGCUAAUGUCGAACUUAUGACGUGGUUUAAGAACUUUGUUCGGUACACAGGUGAUGAUGAGCUGGUUGAGAACAAGCCUGAACCACCAACUGGUCGUGUAUCACUCAGCAACUGCCGCGGAUACGGCCCAAGUUACCGGCUGCUCCCGAAGCGAGAGCGACUAAAGCCAUGUAGCGGACGCGACGAGCUGUGUAAUUCGGUUCUGAACGACGAAUGGGCUUCUCAUCCGACAUGGGCCUCGGAAGAUAGUGGAUUCGUGGCCCAUCGAAAGAACGCUUUCGAAGAAGGCCUUCAUCGGAUUGAAGAAGAGCGUCACGACUACGACUUUUUUAUCGAAGCCAACCAGAAGUGCAUCCAGUUGCUGGAGCCGAUCGCUCAGCAAAUGCUGACCCUGAACCCUGCCGAGAGACAGAACUUCAGGAUGCCCAGUGGGCUGGGAGGCCAGAGCACUUCAAUUUACAAACGGGUACUUAAGAAGGUGUACGGGGCAGACAAGGGGGCUGAAGUAGUCAAUGACAUGUUCCAGCAUCCCUUCACGGUGGUGCCUAUUGUAAUGGCUCGCCUCAAGCAGAAGGACGAGGAAUGGAGGUUUAGCCAGCGUGAGUGGGAAAAGGUAUGGCAAAGUCAAACAAAAGCCAUGCACCUGAAGAGUCUGGAUCACCAGGGAAUCCAGGUGAAGGGCAAUGACAAGCGGACUCUGUCUGCCAAGCACCUGGUUGAUUUGAUCAAGACCAAGCACGAGGAGCAAAAGCGCCAACGGGUCAACAAGGGCAAAGCGCCAAGGUUUCAGCACCUUUGGUCCUUUACCGAUCAGGGGGUUCUCCUGGAUUUACUUAGGUUCAUGGUCCUGUAUGCAAUGAACAGCGGGCAGCAUGGAUCUUCUGAGAAGGACAGGAUUCUAGAGUUCUUCGAGAACUCGGUCCCACAGUUCUUUGGAAUACUUCCCGAGCAGGUCCGUCAGCAUCUUGGCGAUAUUGAUCGAGAUGCUGGCGAGGAGGAAGCUGAUGACAAUACGCCUGCUGAAUUGACUAAUGGCCGAAGCCGCCGCAAUGGCAAGAAAUCAGACCUCCUUCGUGGGCUCUUGGACCCAGGUCGCAACGGCAGCAAGACUAGAAGCCAGCCCGAAGAAAGCAACACAUCAGCCAGCAAGGAAACCACACCCGAUCAGGGCUCUGCUAAUGAGGAGGAGAUGGCUGAUGCGCCGGAUGAUGGCUCUGCUACCGCAGAGAACGCCAAUAACGAACGCUGGCUGCAAAAUCCUCCAAAGGCAACCGUACUAUCUGGUUACAAUCCUCUGAACGAAGGCGACAGCGAGCUUAAGGCCGAUGGACUUUUCCCGCGGCCAUGGCACAAUUUCUUCUGCAACCAGACGAUAUUUGUCUUCUUCAGCGUCUUCCAGACAUUAUACAAACGCUUGAAGACCGUCAAAGAAAGCAAAGAGAGCGUGCUUGAGGAGAUCAGGCGAGAGAGGGCAGACAAGCCUGCCAAGCAGCUGGGCCUGGUCCACGACGAGAUGAACUACUUCGAUGGUGAUCCCGAGACGUUCUGGCCGAGGACAGUUGAGCUUAUCGAGGAUUUCAUCACGGGUGAAAUAGACGAGAGCAGGUAUCAGGACGUCCUACGCCAUUACUAUCUGCAGUGUGGCUGGACGUUGUACACCAUCCAGGACUUGCUCAAGACGCUGUGCCGGCAAGCUCUUGUUUGCAACAACUCUGAUAACAAGGAGAAGACACCGGAUCUUGUGCAACAAUUCCUGACGGCCAAGAGUCAGGAGGAGACUAGUUAUCAGGUUGAGAUCAGUGCCCGCAAGUUUGCGGAAAAGUGCAUCAAGGAUGGCGAGAUGUUUAUGAUUACCUGGUCCCCGAGCAGCAAUGAGGCAACAGUACGCUGGUUACCAAAGGAGGAUACGACCUUCCACGCGGAAGAAAUGGAGCCGACGGAUCGAUGGAAGUACUACAUCGCUUCCUACAUGCGAGUCGACCCGACUGAGGGGGUGCCUAAGCUGCGUCUCCAAAAGACGGUGUUAGCACGCAACCUACCAUCCUCAGACUCGGACUCGGACGACGGUGCUGUUCCUAAGCCGCUUUCCUACAACGAAGGUCUCGGCCUGCGAAUCUGCAUCAACUCGUCUAAGAUAGUAUAUGAGAAGGAGACAUCCGAGUACAUGAUCUACAACAUGACGUCGCUCUCGGAGGAGAGACGUGCCUUUGAUCGGGACCGGCGUGCUCAACUAUUCCGCGAAAAGAUGAUCAUGAACAACGCCUGGAUGAAGGACCUAAGCCAGGUCGAGGUCCAAGGAAUGAAUGAAGAUUUCCAACGGUGGGCCAAGGACGGCAUUGCACCAGGUACCUCAUAGGUCGACAGCGCUGGUGGGUCUUCAACAUAGUCUGAGUUCGCAUGUGUAGCCAUUUAUUUGUACUUGUUUUGUGCUUUAAUUGUGUUCUCUGCCCUUUCGCAGUCCACGAGCGUCCGUUGGACCAAGGGGCUCUUUUUUUAACGGAGUUUUCUUUCUUCUUCUGCUUCUUGUUCUGUUUUUAUCGGUUGCAUAUCGGGUCUGGGGUCUCGCUUGUCUUUGUUGAAUUUCUUCUUAAAUUUCUAUGUUACGUUGCCGGCGCUCGGUGAAGAUCCGCUGAGGCGAGUCCGGUAGUACCUUUACACGCCGGGUACUUUGUUUUCUUCUUCUUUCGUUUCUACCAUAUUCACACUUUUUUUUUCUUUUUCAUUUUAUCUCAUUGCCUCCUGGUUUUUUUCUCUUCAUAUCUUUUCCCCCGACUUUCCCUACCCGCCUAGCGUUGAUCGAUGUGUCCUGGACAAAAAAAAAAACGAAUUGCAGUUAGUCAAAGAGGGUUUGUUGAUAAUUCGAUCCGAAAUCAUAACAUACAUAGGCAUAGUCUGACGCGG